AUAAUAUUCUUUCUUUACAAAUGGAGACCGAUGAAGACCUUAAAGCAAGAUUGACUAGGAUGCAGUACAAAGUAACUCAGGAAGGUGGAACUGAGCCACCCUUCUCUGGGAAAUAUGACUCUCACUUCGAGAAGGGUAUCUACAAUUGUAUCAUUUGUGGCUCUCUUCUUUUUAAGUCUGAGCAUAAAUAUGAGUGUGGAUGUGGUUGGCCAGGCUUUUGGGAAAAAGAUGGAGAUAUUAAAUUCAUUAAGGAUUAUUCCUUCGGAAUGGCCAGAACAGAAGUUCAAUGCAAUAAAUGUAACUCUCACUUAGGACAUGUCUUCAAUGAUGGUCCAGAGCCGACUGGGCUUAGGUAUUGAAUCAAUUCUGCAAGUCUCAACUUUGUGGGAUCAAAGGUUAAAAACGGAGGAAAAUUUAAGACUGUCAAACCAAAUGAUGCUGUGAAGGGUCCAGCAUCACGUGGAUUUUCUACCCUUCAGCGUUCAUUUAUGUUACUAAGAAGGAUCAGAGUUUAGAGAAAUGGAAUCA